GAGAUGGAGGCUCCCAGCCCAUCCCACCAGGCACCCAGCAUGGUCACCGUGAGGCUGUUGGGAAGUUUGGAGCUCUGGCUGGCCAACACCUUUCUGCCCCUGCUGCUCCUCACCUGGCUGUCAGUUGGAGCAGUCAGUCUGCAGGCAGAGCCAGUCACCACUGUGCAGUUCAAGAUUUGUUUGGAGAAUCUCACAGUGCAGGUGGGCUGGUACAAGCCUAAAUGUCUGGAGGGGGAGAUUCAAACCAACACCGUGGUUCUGGUAGAAAACUGUAUGAAUUUCAGCAGCUCAAGCCUGUGUACAGCCUGCACAGAAAUCUGUUUGUGUAGGGUCUCCAUCAAAAGACCAAACUCGACAGACUCUGGAAGCAGCACACAAAGAGCAGUUCUCAGAGAAAACUGUAUGAAUUUCAGCAGCUCAAACCUGUGUACAGCCUGUACAGAAAUCUGUGUGUGUAGGGUCUCCAUCAAAAGACCAAACUCGACAGACUCUGGAAGCAGCACACAAAGAGCAGUUCUCAGAGAAAACUGUAUGAAUUUCAGCAGCUCAAGCCUGAGUACAACAUGCACAGAAAUCUGUGUGUGUACAGUCUCCAUCACAAGACCAGACUUGACAGACACUGGAAGCAGCAUAGUUCUCAACCUCCUGUGCAUCCUCCUCGGCUUAGCGGGUGGGACGCUCCUUCACAUGCCAGUGAUUGGCUUCCUGCUGUGGCAGCGCACAAGGAACAGAACAGGAGAGCUUCUGAGUGAGGAAGUGGCGGAGGAGAAUCAGACCAGUACGGCAGCUCCAGUGACAGAGACUGAGGACCUGACCUAUGCCAGCCUGAAUUUUGAAAAGAAGGGGACAGGACCUGUCUCCUCCAAUGUCAUUUAUACUGCAGUCAAGCCAUUGCAACAGAAGCAGAGUGGUGGGGAUGACAAUGCUGCCAGCAAAGAUGUGAAUGUCUGUCCCGAGGAUGAAGGCAAGUGAGGGAGGUGAGCAGCUUCUUGUCCACCUGUUGGAGUUGCCCUCCUCAAAAACUAGGUGUUAGCUCAUACAGCAGUGCAGUCUUGGUGACCAAAGACCCCUAUUAUCCCCGAGUGGCUGCAGAACCCUGCUUUAUAUUCCCCUGAAAGAAGCCACAUCUCACGGUGAGGGCAGGACUCUUGAGCCCGUUUUCCCCUUGCCUUCUGCAGCUCCAAGCACUGCCAAGCCUCAGCAACUCUUUUCACUGUCUCCAGUCACUGGCAGGCUCCUCUAGCUACUUGUUCCUUGUUCAGGAAUGACACUUGUACACUGUGUGGCCAACAUGGUGUUCAGGAAGAGCUUGGUCCUGGAUGUGCUGGGUGGCACAGCCAUGAGAAUUCCUGGAGCUAUUUUCUGGAUUUUCUCUAGAGCAGGCACCUGCUGUGAGAUGGGUUGACCUUGCUCUCUUUCACUCACUUGAAAUACAAGGGGCAAGGAUGGAAAAGCAUUGCUUGCUUCACAGAGGUGCUCCGGCAGUGAUGCACAUGGAUCUGCUUUGUACUGGGAGUGUUUUUGCUGGUUUGGUGGUGAAUACCCUUCCCGUGGGUAGAACACUCUCUUUUGUGCCUUCUUUUAUUGAUAAUGUUGUGUUUAUUGUGAGUUUUUCAAUAAAAUUGU